CCGAGGGUUCCAGCCGGGCUUGCACUUUCCCACGUGAAUCCCAGGCAGCGCGCUCCUAGGACCGACCCCGGGCGCGGGUCUGCGGGCGGCUGCAGUGGAAACCGCCCCCCCCCCAACCCCCCCGCUCCGGCCCAGUAUGAAUCGCUACAUUCUGCCGCUGUCCGUGCUGGGCACAGCGGUGGGUGGCGCCGUGCUGCUCAAGGACUUUGUCGCCGGCGGGGCUUGUCCCAGCAAGACCACCAUUCCCGGGAAGACCGUCAUUGUGACCGGCGCCAACACGGGCAUCGGGAAACAGACCGCCUUGGAGCUGGCCAAAAGAGGAGGUACCAUCAUUCUGGCCUGUCGAGACUUGGAGAAGUGUGAGGCGGCAGCCAAGGAGAUUCGAGGGGAGACCCUUAAUCACCACGUCAACGCCCGGCACCUGGACUUGGCCUCCCUUAAGUCCAUCCGAGAGUUUGCAGCAAAGAUCAUUGAAGAGGAGGAGCGAGUGCACAUCCUGAUCAAUAACGCAGCCGUGAUGCGGUGCCCCCACUGGACCACCGAGGACGGCUUUGAGAUGCAGCUUGGCGUUAACUACCUGGGUCACUUUCUUUUGACGAACUUGCUGCUGGACAAGCUGAAAGCCUCUGCUCCUUCGCGCAUCAUCAACCUCUCGUCCUUGGCCCACGUUGCUGGGCACAUAGACUUCGAGGACUUGAACUGGGAGAAGAGGAAGUAUGACACUAAGGCAGCCUACUGCCAGAGCAAGCUGGCCGUUGUCCUCUUCACCAAGGAGCUGAGCCGGCGGCUGCAAGGCACGGGCGUGACUGUCAAUGCCUUGCACCCCGGCGUGGCCAGGACAGAGCUGGGCAGACACACGGGCAUGCACAGGUCCGCCUUCUCCAGCUUCACGCUCGUGUUUUGCUGGGAUCAAAGGAUUCGGGCACAAACGGAUCUACCUGAAGUCUACCUAAAUCCUCCUGGAGAUGAAUACCUUCCCACUGUGACUGUGACUUCAGUCAUCAGCCUUCUACCUUUCCUCUUCCUCCUUAUCUUCCUCCUCUGCCGGUGCUGGUGUCGAGCCAAAAACAAAGCCACUGAGGAUGAGACCAAGAGCCAAGUGAAUGAUGACAGCUCCAGCCCAGACAUGGACUUCCAGGAAGAAAAUCAACAUGAUGUCUCAGGGGAUAUCCCGCCUGAGGAGGACAGACAAAUGGACAUGCAUGUGAGUCUCUCCUCCUUCCCCCGCUCCCUCCCCCAGGUGCUCUCCCCUCACCUUGGACCUUCAUGCUGGCAGGUCCACGCAGAGGAAGACCCGCCGGAGUCUUCUGAGUCUUCUGCUCAGCUACACCAGGACCCCCUUACAGGGAGCGGGGAUUCACUCCCGUCCUGCGCCACUGAGGAGUCCUCAAAAUAGCCCUGUGUGCAUGCCACCUUCACCUCGUCCAGAGAGCAGAGCCGGAACGGGCUGUGUGGACUCCAGGGUUCAAGUGCCCCUUAAGGAAAAUGGGGCUUCGUGAGUUGUCCUACUCAUGUACCCACGCCACUCAUCAUCUUGGAGCCCCUGCAAAGACUCAAGAAUAGAGAAGCCCUGUCAACCACAAAGAAGUUCUGGGACGCAUCACACAUCUCUCAACGGAUUCCUGGUGCCUUGUGUAUUUACCCACUCAUUUGCUUAUUUAACAAAUGUUCACAGAAGUUGACUCUUUCUUUGGACCUGUGCUGGCGAUAUACAUAUUAGUAAGAUAUAGCUUCUGGUCUUUUUCUUUUUCCUUCUGUUUUGCAUAUUGGUUUUUAUUUGAAAUCAAUGUUAAAGAGAACAAUUGCAAAGAUAGGACAAAAACUCCACUUUACCCUUCACUUGGCAUAGCUUCUGGUCUUCAGGAACUCAUGGUCUACUGAGAGAGGCAAAUCACAUGAUCUGGCCCUUAGAAAGCAGAGAGGGAGCAGGCAUUAGGGAUGAGCUGGGCCACUGAGCACGAACAAUUGUCCAAGCAUGUUUAAGGAGAACUCACUGGUACCAAAUACAUGGAGAAGCCAAGAAGUAAGAGUCGGGCUUCCCCAGUGGCGCAGUGGUUAAGAAUCCACCUGCCAAUGCAGGGGACUUGGGUUCGAGCCCUGGUCUGGGAAGAUCCCACAUGCCACGGAGCAACUAAGCCCGUGCACCACAACUACUGAGCCUGCGCUCUAGAGCCUGUGAGCCGCAACUACUGAGCCCACAUGCCACAACUACUGAAGCCCACGUGCCUAGAGCCUGUGCUCCGCAACAAGAGAAGCCACCGCAAUGAGAAGCCCACGCACCGCAAGGAAGGGUAGCCCCCCCACUCACCACAAGUAGAGAAAGCUCGUGUGCAGAAACAAAGACCCAACGCAGCCAAAAAUAAAUAAAUAAAUAAAAUAAAUAAAUUUAUAAAAAGAAGUAAGAGUCAAAUUGGGCAAGGAGGAGGGACUUUUCUGGCGGUCCAGUGGUUACGACUUGGCACUUCCACUGCAGGGGGCACGGGUUGGAUCCCUGGUCAGGGAACUAAGAUCCUGCAUGCCACGUGACAAAAAAAUUGGGCAAGGAGGCAGUUCCUAAUGGCGUUUCAGUCUAAUGUUCUAGGAGUUUCUGAGAGCUGAAGCCUUCGAAGCAGCAAAAAAUGAACAAGGAAAUGUUCUUUGUAAAGGAACCAAAUUGCAAUAAUUCAACUACAGAAGGGUUACUCUUGGGGAAGGGAAUGAUGCAGAGGGUGUUUAGGCCGGGGGUUUAUGGUUUUCCCCUAGUUUUGGUGAACUUCCCCCUUUAGUUAUGCAAUUAAAAUAAAUAGAACACAAACUUAAAAGCUUUUGCACAGCAAAGGAAAACAUAAACAAGACAAAAAGACAACCCUCAGAAUGGGAGAAAAUAUUUGCAAAUGAAGCAACUGACAAAGGAUUAAUCUCCAAAA